CACAGAGUUACCGCGUGUCUAUGACGCCGCCUGUCGGUGUGCCGAAGCAGUGGGACGUUUUCGCCGAAGGAUGACAGGCUACAGGAGUUGAGCCGCGCUGUGAUUGGUUACUCCGACACUUGGGCGUGACGUGCGGCACUGACUGCACAAUGACAAUAAGCUCAGACCGAGACCAUGCUCAACAUCAUCGGCCACGGAUGGCCUGCCUCAAAAAGGUGGAGGCCAUAGUGGUUGAGAUGCAGCACCCGACAAAUGGAGUUAAAAGAUCAGAACAGAAGCUAAAUAUUACAACAAUUCCUCAUGUCAUGGCCGGUCAGGACAUCAUUGCAUGGAUCGUCAACCAUAUGAAGAUAAACAAUGAAGAGGCUCAAGCAUUUGGCACAAUGUUAGUGGCAUAUGGGUACAUUUACCCUCUCCAGGACCACAAAAAGCUUGUGCUUAAACCAGAUGGCAGUUUGUACCGUUUUCAGACCCCCUAUUUUUGGCCUGUUCAGAAAUGGAGGGCUGAAGACACAGACUACGCUAUCUAUCUGGCAAAGAGGAACAUCCGCAAAAAAGGAAUGCUUAAUGUCAAUGAACAGGAGGAAUACAACAAACUCCACAAAUGGAUGAACCACAAAUGGGAUUUUAUCGUAAUGCAAGCUAAAGAGCAGUAUCAGGCUGGGAAGGAACGUAAGAAACCAGACAGAGUGGUGUUUGACUGUCAGGAGAGAGCCUACUGGAUAGUCCACAGACCUCCGCCACAGACUCACAGCGCCAUGGAUUAUGGCAUGGACCGUCAUAUUGACCCUAAUACAGAGGAGAAAGAAACCUGCGAGUACUACAGAAGAAUCAUCAUCUACACACAGCAAGCCGUUAUGAGGUCAAAGGUCAAGUCCUCAGUGUCUCUUGGAGCAUUUGUCAAGUACAUGACAACAUACAAGGAACACGACCCGUUCCUCGUCCCCUGCCUCCCUAGCAACCCCUGGCAAACUGAUGAUGACUUGUACUGGGAGCUAAACGUGUCAAAUGUUGACGUUCCAACAAAGAUGAGAGUUGAGCGCUGGUCCUUCAGUUUCUUUGAGUUGCUCAGUGACCCACGGGGCCGUGCAGACUUCAAGAUCUUCCUAAAAAAGGAAUUCAGUGGGGAGAACUUAGCUUUCUGGGAAGCUGCUGAAGAGAUGAAAUGGGACGCUGCAUCUUCUAUGUCAGAGAAGGCUGAGAGCAUUUUCAAAACUUUCUUGAUCCCUGGAGCACCACGCUGGAUCAACAUCGAUGGCAGGACGAUGGGUCUUACAGUUAAAGGAUUGGAACAUCCUCAUCGCUAUGUGCUGGAUGCUGCCCAGAACCACAUCUUCAUGCUGAUGAAAAAGGAUACAUUUUAUCGCUAUUUAAAGUCGCCAGUUUACAAGGACGUUCAGAAAAAGGCCAUUUCACCAGCACCACACAAUUUCACUGAUGCUCAACUAAAGCAGAACUCCAGGAACCGUAGGCCCAGCAUUCACCCUAUCGUCACCUGGCAACAGGAACAGGAAGAGAAAGCAAAGGCAGCAGCCGCGGCUGGACCGGUGGACCUUAAAAAGCUGAAAGAGAUGACCAGCAAACUAGAUCGCAAAUAGAAGGUUAAAAACCGUAGGUCAGGGAAGGAAAUGCUUUAUAGCAAGACUGUUAAAAGUAUACCAUUACAAAUGUUUAAUUAUUUUUGGGUGUUCAAGGUAAGGGCACUGAAUUGGUAAUGUAAAUAUGACGUGUGUAACUGAUCUAACUGGCAAAUAGUUCAAAAGUUACUGUCAUCGGUAUUCCUACAUAUAAAUUAUUUAUUUUCAUUGAAUUUGUCAAUAAAAUGUUUAAAUAUUGAUUAGAUAUGGAUGAAUGUGAUGUUAAAAAUUUCCUUUUUCAGAUCACAUUGGUUUCCAUUGAUUCUCUUCAUACCAUUUGACACACAACUUUCAUUUAAUGUGCAUCUACCACUUAUCCAUUUAUGGUGUGAAUAUGUUUUUGUGACAAGCAUAGGGGGACGAGGGCCGCGAGAGGAAACGGCGUGAUGCACCGGUCCUUGUUAUGCCCUACUUGUCAGUUUUGUAUGUGUAUAGUAGUAUGUUCUUAAAGAAUUGUUCUUAGUUCUUAAAGAAUUGCACAGGCAAUGUAUCUCUUCUACAGUAAAAAUAAAGUAACAAAAUAAAAAGCCA